CUCUGCAGGCUGUCUGGUUGUCUGGUCACAGAGGAAGGCUGUGCUUCUCUGGAUUCAGCUCUGAGGUCAAACCCCUCCCACCUGAGAGAACUGGACCUGAGCUACAAUCACCCAGGAGACUCUGGAGUGAAGCUGCUCUCUGCUAGACUGGAGGAUCCACACUGUAGACUGGAUAAACUCAAUGUGGACUUGUGUGGAGAGUGCAGGAUCAAACCAGGCCUGAGGAAAUAUUCCAGUGAGCUCACCCUGGACCCAGAUUCUGCACACAUUGACCUGAGGCUGUCUGAGGAUAGGAGGACAGUGUUGUGGAGAGAGGACAAUGCUAACAGUCAGAGUAGUGCUAGCAUAGGAAACGAAGCUAACAAUGCUAACAGUGGGGAUGGUGCUAGCAUAGGAAACGAAGCUAACAAUGCUAACAGUGGGGACGGUGUUAGCAUAGGAAACGAAGCUACCAGAGGGGAAGAAUCAAAUAAAUGGAUUGAUCCAUCAAUUUGUACAAGAUCCCUGUCUGUGCAUUGUACCAAGGGUUUAUCUACUGGACGUUUCUACUGGCAGGUGGAGGCCACAGGAUGGUUUGAUAUUGGGGUUAUUAUCAACGAAAACAAUAGUAUCUACAAUAUGUAUGACCUCGUGGUAAUAUGUAUGACCUUUAUGGUAUAAUGAUGUCAUGCCAUAGUGUUGUGAGGACAGAGGAAGAGUUAAGAAAUGAGAGGUUUGGGGCCAUAAAGUCUUCAUUCCAUUAUGUCAAGGUAGAUUAGUGAUGUUUAGGAUAGCAUGAGUGAUGUUUAGUAUACUGACUUGGGGUAAAAAGUGAUGAACAUCAAAGACAGGGAGUGCCCAUGGAGACUUGCCAAAUGUAUGUGAAAGGAAUGAGAACCAAAAGGCUAUAUAAGAUAGAGGGUCUUCUUUGUCUAGUUAGUUCAACUGACGAAGGGCAAAGCCAUGUCCGUUUGUUAGAUGAACCCACAAGCUCGUGAUUCUAUAAAUGCUUGGUAUGAAAUCUCCACAGAAUGUCUAAGAAUAUCCUUGCAUCCUUGAUUCUUUGAUACCUGAGAAACUCAU